AUGAUAUUGUUAGAAACCGCCCCACUAUACGACGCAGUUCAUGUGAAAUCGUAAUGGAUAAAAAUCAACUUUUAAUUGCAAUCUUCUUAUUUUGUAAUAUUAUAAACGGUAAAAGAAGUUUUAUUCUUUUAUAAACAUGGCAGUAUAAUCAAUAUUUUCCCCUCUUAAAGUGUCAGCUACUUCUCUAGAUAGUAAGGAAAAAAUCAUUCUCAUUGUUGGAAUACUUACAGGAGGUGUUGCUGUUUGCAUUUUAUGUGUGCUUAUAAUAUUUCUUUGUCGAACGACACCUCAUCGCCGUGGUAGAAAAAAGUAUCAUAGAAAAAUAGACAAAUACAGAUCACAGAGCAAUAGUUAUACAGCAGAUGUUUCGUGGGCCUCAAAAACAAAGAUCUCAUCUAAAAAUAUUCCACCUGGCGUUUGGGCGAAUAACCCUUCAAUGGUUUCAGAUUUCCCAUCGUUAGCAUAUAAGUUAAACGAGAAAAUGAAAAUGUCAAGAGAACAAAAUAUUUAUAACCACCAUUUUAACAGUGAAGAUACUUUAUAUAAACCAGAUUUGGGAGCCGUGUCCCAUAAAAAAGAAUCGGCUAUAUUUCAAACAAGGUUUUCGAAUUUUCACUUAACUGAUUCGAGAAGCAAGUUAAUUUUGGAUGAAAACGAAGAAAGCGUGACUGAAGAGUCAACUAAGAAUGGUUUCCAUGAACAUGAAGUCACCACGAGGGCAUUUAGUGAAAACGGAAAGUCAUCUCAGACACCAAAACUACCUGAAAAAAAAGUGAUGGAUCCUAGCAUAAAAUCGUCUCAAUUUCUGGAUAAACGAGAUAAACCAAUUGUUAGAGAUGACAAAAUACGAAGGAGCAGCUCUUCUGAAGCUGCAGUGGUUGAAACUCAACGAGCAUUUGACUUUUUAUUAGAAUACGGAGAACAGUAG